AUGAGAAACGCUAAAACAUCUGUACCAUCACACUUUAACAACCUUAGCUGUCUUUGCAAGACCUAUCCUACCUUCAGACAGCUUCUUGUCUACCUUCAGACAGCUUCUUGUCUACCUUCAGACAGCUUCUUGUCUACCUUCAGACAGCUUCUUGUCUACCUUCAGACAGCUUCUUGUCUACCUUCAGACAGCUUCUUGUCUACCUUCAGACAGCUUCUUGUCUACCUUCAGACAGCUUCUUGUCUACCUUCAGACAGCUUCUUGUCUACAUUCAGACAGCUUCUUGUCUACCUUCAGACAGCUUCUUGUCUACCUUCAGACAGCUUCUUGUCUACCUUCAGACAGCUUCUUGUCUACCUUCAGACAGCUUCUUGUCUACCUUCAGACAGCUUCUUGUCUACCUUCAGACAGCUUCUUGUCUACCUUCAGACAGCUUCUUGUCUACCUUCAGACAGCUUCUUGUCUACCUUCGUUUUGUUUCCUCCUUCCCUCGUCCUCAUCGUCGCUUCCCUACCCUCAUUGCCUCCUUUUGACGAAGAAUCAAGUCCGCCUCAGGGCUAG